CUGUAUUUAUGUCUAUGGACACUUUUCACCCAUUAUCUUCCGUUUAGUUUAGUUAUCAUGGAAAGACGGUGCGUUGUUGAAACUUGGACUGAUUUGGGUUUUUUAGGAAAGGCUUGCACGCCGAAAGUCAAGUUUGGUGCCGGGACAUUUGUUUUUAUCUGCACGGGCAGCGACGAGGUGUUUGUGUUCAGUGCCCACGAGAAAAGACUCACGGCAAGUAACUCGUUUCGUUUGCAGGCUGUCCUCCGGUUCCCGGGUCCCGUGAGGGAUGUGGCCGAGAGCCACGACGAGCAGCUCCUCUUUGUGGCGUCCAGGAGUGGAGUUUAUUGUGUCAGCCUGCAGUCUCUGCUGCACAGCUCAUCGGAUGACGCGUCCUGUGGUCCAGCUGAGCUAAACAUCUCCUCUGAGUCCCUCGUUGCCCGCGCAGACGGGGUGUUGACUCUGCUUCUUGUCGGCUCCCUCCUCCUGACCCUUUGCCGGACGGACACCUCCUGGCUGUUGACGUUAUAUAAGCGGACCCAGUCCAGUGCCUGUGAGGUGCUCGGUUCGUUUGGCCUGCCGUUGGUAUCGCCCGCGUUACAGAGCGCCGGGUCAAAAACGGGCCCGGCGAGGGGGCCUGUGUUGACCUGUGUCCACCCUGCUGGUGAUGCGACUCCGUCUUCGCCCACACCCUCAGCUGGUGCCGGCCUCUGCCUGGAGCCUCUCCUCUUCAAGCUGCUGUUCGGGGUGGAGGCUGCCCUGGCCGGGUCACCGGUUGUCCUUUGCGGCCUGCCGGACGGACGCCUCUGCUUCCUGCCCCUCCGUGUCCCGGGGCCGCGGCUCCGGGUUCUCCACAGCCUGGAACAGCCGCUGGUGUUUGUCGGAGCAUCUGUCGUCAGGGAAACCAGCGCGGGACACGCACAGUGCUUGGUUGCCGUGGGGGAAGAAGGCAGGGUAGUCCUGAUCAGGGGUGACGGGGGCGGGGCGGAGGGGGGGGGCUGCAGCGCGGCUGCCUUUACGGAGGUCCACGUGUCAGGGCCCGUUUUGUGUGGCACCGCGGAUAGAAACUGUCUCUACUACAGCACCGGCGCCGACUUGUGCUGUCUAAAUCUGUCGGACGGGUUGCUCGGCAGAGAGGAGAAAAGCAAGGGUGGAGAGGCUUCCGGGAUGAUGUCUAACGUCGCCCCCCUAAGUCCCAGCAGUUUAAAUGUGAGCCAGGUGACCGAUCUGGCUGAGCCCCUGUGCAGCGAUGCAGGGGAAGUUCAACUGCUCGGACUCUCCUCUCGAGGGCAGCUUCAGAGGAUUAGCUUACCUGUGAGAAGAGAGGACGAGGGCUGUUCCAGGCAUUCCUCCUCGCAGAUAGGCCGCAGUGUGAAGGACCUCCUGUCUGCCAUUGGGGACGUUCAUGAAAGAGCAUCAGCACUGGAAGCAACCAUCAAAUCCAAAAACCAAAUUCUGAGGCAGCUGAACCACGCGCUCAACAUCAGUUUCCUGCUGACCGCUGCCGACGAUGCCGAGGAGCAUCGUCUCCCAAAAGAAGAGUCAAUCAGAUGCCACGCCGUGGCGAGUUGGGGCAGACUGCUUCAAAAGGACUCCCUGAUUCUCACCUGCGUCCUGGACAACUCGAGCCCUUACAGCUUGGACCGAGGCUGGACGCUCUGCCUGGCCGUCUGCCCCCUCUCCUCUUCCUCCACCGCCACGGAGGAAACCUCCUCCACCAAUUUCUCUUUUCCGUUCCACAGCCUGGGCCCGGGGGAAACUCUGGAGGUGUCGCUGCCCGCCGCGGCCGCCGGCCAGGCGUCCUUCCCCCUGACGGUCAGCUGCUCUCUGGUCUUCUCGCUCUCAGACCUCCUGGGAGAGGGGCGGGCGGCGAGCCCUUCUGGCUCAGAGAGCCGCAGCCUCAGCUUCCCCCUGGACACGCUGACGGUGGACUGGCUGCACGUCCUGCAGCUGACCGCCCCCCCGGCCCCGUCACAGUCCAGCGGCCGCGCGGUAGAUGGCGUCCGAGCCUUUCUGAGCUCGCGGCGGGUCAGGCGCAGCAGAGCGGUGGACAGCGGAGGACAGCCCGAGAGGUAUUCUGCAAGUCUGCGAGUGGCCUCGGAGUUACUGAAGGACACCGUGCAGCCGAAAGGCCUCAGGCCGGACACAAAGGGACCGGAGCCGGACCCUCAAAGCCUCGGGCUCUCUCUGCUCCAUUGGCUGCUGUCGGAAAGGUGCGGGGGAGUAAAGGCGUCACCAGGAGGAGAAAAGGUGGACAUAGGCAGCACAGUGGUCCACGCCCGUGCUCCCAACGGAGCCGCAGUGAAGCUGACCGCUAAAGAGAUAAAUGCACAGGAGGAAAGCGUGGGAAAGGAGGAGACCGUGGCCCAUGUCGAAGUUCAGAUUGAGAGCUCGUCCAUGGCGGCGCUGUGCGGCCUGCACCACGCGGUGCUGCGCCGGACACAGACUCUGCUGCAAAUGGCACCAGUUAGACCUGCUUCCACGAAGGGGAUCCAGAUGUUAGGUCUGAGACGGGUAAUGCAGCAUGCUGAGAUCCAACAGAGUCGUGUCUCUGAGGCCUUCAGCGCGGGCAUGUCCUCUGGGCAGACGAACCAAUUUCUUCUCAGCGUUUACAGAGAACUCAGACAGAAUUCCCUCCUCGUAAUUUAACACAUUCACAGUUCCUUUCCUCCUCGCUGGGUGCCCUCUAACCUAAUUUUGCAGCUGCAUGAAAAAUAUUGUCUAUUCAUGGUGCAUAUUUCCUCAUAAUUACUUUCAUGGUAAAGCUCUGCUCCUUUAUAUUUGACAUGGGGAUGAAGAUAUGGCAUGGCAAGAGGAGCUUUUGAUCAUUACGUAGUCCCUUCCUGUGUAUCUCUUGUCUCAUAUAUAUGAGUCAAUUCCUGAUAGAUGUAAUUAGGUGCUAUAAAUUUAACUUCUGCCUCAUUUUAUAUUGAGGACCAUGUCAUUAAACAAUGACUCAACAUUGUCCAUCUCCCCCACUGUUUUUUUUCUUCUUCCUGAAACUUAAACAUAUAUAAUGUGUUGAGCAUUGUCACUCUAUCAGAAGUUUUGGAGGGGGGGGGCACACAAAUCUCAUAAGGUACCUUAUGUACCUUUUUCAUCUAACCAAUGUGCAGUAGCUCCUGCAUGGAGGUGUGAGCUGUAAACCAGGAGAAUUAGGCUACUAUAUCCUUCCCAAAAGAAGAGCCAAAAUUCAAUAAAAGUCAGAUUUUGGGAAAUUUUGCUUAU